UCACAGAAACACUGACGUGUACACAGAGCACCAGCAGGCGCGACGACCGCGCGAAUCGGCAUCGGAGUCGGAGUCGGAGAGUGACACAGCGGUAGAACCGGACAGAAUGUCAGAAGGAGACAGUACUGGUGAGUCCAUCCAUGGGAAACCAUCAGCGGUUGGAAACUUCUUUAAACGGCUUGGGCAGGUUUAUCAGUCAUGGUUGGACAAGUCAACCCCAUUUUCAGCUGUCCGAUGGGCAUUCACUCUUAUUCUAACGGCCAUAUAUAUGAUCAGGGUAUAUAUUUUACAGGGGUGGUAUAUAGUCACAUAUGCUCUUGGGAUAUACCACCUUAACCUCUUCAUCGCUUUCCUAUCACCGAAAGUGGAUCCGUCAUUGAUGGAUGAUCCAGAUGAAGGUCCAGCACUACCCACAAAACAGAAUGAAGAGUUUCGGCCAUUCAUCAGGAGGUUGCCAGAAUUUAAAUUUUGGCAUUCAGCAACAAAAGGCAUUGUCAUCGCUAUGAUUUGCACAUUCUUUGAAGCCUUUGAUGUGCCGGUGUUCUGGCCCAUUCUUGUAAUGUAUUUCAUCAUGCUGUUCUGCAUCACCAUGAAACGUCAAAUCAAGCACAUGGUCAAGUACAGAUACCUGCCCUUCACGCAUGGCAAGAGAACUUACAGAGGCAAGGAAGACACAGGGAAACCCUUUGCUAGUUAAAAUUCUCCCUCCUGAAAUUAAAGUUAUUGAUGAAUAAUGAGGAAACAUAAAAUUGAGUGCUUUAUCUAUUACAAAUGGAUGGAGAGGGUUGAAGGAUUUUUUGUUGUGCGGAGCUCUAAGAACUAGUGUAGAUUUUAAAAUUGAAAGAUUUUCAGCAACUUCAGUUACCACUGGACAUGAAGAUCAAACCAUUUUCAAAAAAAAAUUUGGGAGGGGAGAAUUAUAUAUGUGUAUAAUUUUUUUAACAGGUUAGCAUGUUUAAGGUUUUUUUUUGUUGAGUCUUUUCUUUCAGGUAAUUCCAUUUGUACUGUUAAAUUAAUCUUCAUUGGAAACAGAAUCAUUGAAUAGGUUUGUUAAUUGCUGAAUAAAAAUGUCUGCAUGUUUUA